AUGACCAACUUGCCAUAUGCCAUCGAUGCGGAAACGCCGCUCAACCCUGCAGAGCUGCAGGUUCUGCGGUCUCAGUAUGAAAAGGAGGGCGACAUGGUCGGUGUCCAGACCAAAUUCAAUUAUGCCUGGGGUCUUGUCAAGUCGAAUACACGAAACGAUCAACACCUCGGUGUAAUGCUUCUCUCAGAGAUUUUCAGGACAUCGCCGGAACGGCGACGAGAGUGCCUAUACUACCUAGCGCUGGGCAACUACAAGCUGGGCAACUACGGCGAGGCGAGGAGGUACAAUGAUCUACUGCUCGACAAGGAGCCAGCAAAUCUGCAGGCCUCCAACCUGAGAGCAUUGAUUGACGAUAAGGUGGCAAAGGAGGGCCUCAUGGGUGUGGCCAUCAUCAGCGGAGUAGCAGUUGCGGCAGGAGUUGUCGGCGGUAUCCUGCUGAGGAACCUGGGCAAGGCCAGGAGGUAA